CACGCGCCGUCUGUCACAAUCGUCCACGCGCCAGCUGGCCAAUGAGCGAGCAGCCGGUAUGGCACUUGAAAAGGGUAGGGGGAAGUGGCACGCGCCUCAAAACUAUACAUUUAUUUUGCAAAAAGCCCCCUCUCCCGUUAACUAUAUUCUCUUGUAAGCCAACAAAGGGUACCCUUCCCGUUUUUCCAGCAGAUGUUUUAUUUUUUUUAACUUUUAUACAGAUUUUUUUUUUUUUUGAAAUGUAGCAUACAGGAUCAGAUUUAAUAGUACUCAUUCAAUCAUGUAGAGCCGUUAGAAUCAGUCGCGUGCGCUUCUUGUUAUGUUGCCAACUUGUUAAGUGAAAUUUUAUUUGUUAUAAAAUCCUCUUGUUUAUAUUUAUUGAGAAUAAAUACGUUCUGUUAAUGUCAAUUAAAAUAAUCUAAUAAUGUUUAAAAAACAAACAUCAUAUGGAUUUUCAAGUGUUAGAAAAUUUCUCAUUAAAUCUUGUUGCAGAAUAUGAUAAAAGAACCAGAAAAAACCAUGUCAAUUACAGAAGAACCUCCUGUCUUAAGUAAUUUUUGUAGUGACUAUUGGACUUGGAAUAAGAAAGAUAAAUCACAUGAAGUUCUUUUGUACGGUGAUAAUUUCAAGACCGCUCAAUUUCACCCUAAUUGGAGCAACGGUACAGCUGGAGUAAGAGGCACAAGAAUUUUAAAUGGAGGACGGUACUAUUGGGAAAUUAAUAUCAGUCAAAGGAUUUUCGGAACCAGUAUGAUGUUUGGUAUUGGAACAAAGAAAGCAAAGCUGCACACCAACGCCUUCAUCAACUUGUUGGGAGAAGAUGAAGAGGGGUGGGGAUUGUCGCACAAAGGCCUUCUAUGGCACGACGGAAAAUGGCGUCAAUACACCAAGCCAUUUCGAGAGAACGAAUCCACAAGGGUUGGCAUUCUUUUCGAUGGGAUAACAGGAACACUCUCCUAUUACAAAGAUGGCUGUUGUCUAGGGGUGGCAUUCAACGAUCUCCACCUGGUGCAGGACGAACUCUACCCCAUCAUAUGUUCUACCGCAGCAAAGACUGAGAUGUCUUUGGGAGACACCAAAAGAGAAUUUGGCAAUCUCCAGGAUAGGUGCCGAUCAGCCAUCCUUACCCUUCUCAAUGAAGUGAAUGACGUUAGUGAAUUGUGUUUGCCAAAAUCUAUAAAAUCAUACUUAACCGAAGGUGUGCAAGAAUUACCCCCUAUGGAUAAACCGGAGAAACCACCAGUACCUCGGAAGCGUAACAAUUAUUGUACGAGGUCUAGAACCUGUAGAUAUGUUGGCAUGGAUAGUGUUCCGUACACUGCUGAAAAUUAUUACUAGUGAGGUUUUUUAUGUGAAUUUUUAAGUGCAUCCUUGAUAGUUUAUAGGGAAAAAAAUGAGAGUUAUGGCUGAACGUUACAAUUUAGUCCUAUUCGAAACUUCUAAGGACAAAUAUUUACUUAUAAACAUGUUGUAUCAGUAUUUUGUCAAAAUGAUUAAGAAAAUGUUUUGGCAAUCAGCUUCCCAAAUGAUCUCAACUACCUCAAUGUGAUGUUUUCUUUCAUAUAUAUUACUUAGUUUUUUUAUGUUUGUUUUAAAAUGUUUCUUUCUUAAAUUAUGACUGACUUACAGCUUGCUAUACAUCAGUUUUUAUGUGUGUGUAGUUCAUUAAUGAAUGUAUCAGAAGUACUUUUCACUAAGCUAAGUACAAUAGGAACUACUCUUACAUUUACUAUAUCACUUUUUUUUCUUUAGCAAAAUUGAGUAAAUUUAGUCUAACAUGACUGUUAACGUCAGAAAUAUUAGUUAAAGAUAUAAGUGAUGCAUACUUUAUGUCAAUGUAUAGAAACUAAAAUUAAGUGCGUAUUCAAGUUUUUACUGUAUCAUUUCAAAAUAAAAUAAUAUGAAAGAUUUUUAUAAAGUAGAAAAUAACUGCUUAAAAUAAUAUUCCUGAUCUAAUCAAUUAUGGUUAUUCCAAAUAGGAGAACAGUUGCGAUAAAAUUUUUUUCCCAACCAAACAAUUAAAAAAAUACUUUAUUCAUGUAUGAAAAACACGAGUAUUUAUUUAUAAAACUCAUUGUAUUUAAAAAACAAAAAAAGCUUAUAAAUAUUUAGCUACAAGAAUCGGUAAUAAUUGGUAUUCUUUAAUUUUAAGGAAAGCUUAUGCACAUCGCAAUCAGUAAUUCAACAAAAAAAUUUUUUUUUAAAAGACCAACGGCUUCAUCAACUAGUUCACAUAAUAGAUUAACAAGACUGAGAAUAAUCGGGGAAAAAACUUUUAUAAUAUACAAUAGAGAAAGUGUCAAUAGAUCAAGCAAUUUAAAGAAAGCUAUAUUCUGUUGCAAGUUUAGAAAAAACUAUUAACCCUAAGGAGAGAUCCUAUUUGCAUUUAAGUGCACGCCAGAUGGAUACCAAGUUGCUAACGCAAACGAAUAUCGAUAUCGCCAACUCUUGAAACGACAUUGCACAGCCUAUUUUAUUUUUGAUUGCUUUUUUCAAAUCGUGUGAAAUGAGGAUAACAAAACUUGAAUAAUAACUAGAAAGUAAUAAGAAUUAAUGAAAAUGAUAUUUAAAAAUCGUAACAAAUAUACGCCUUUCCAUUGAAUGAAACUGACGAAAGAAUAAAAAAUAUUCUUUCUUGCAGACGAUUUUCUUCUACAGCAAAACAAAAGUAAAAACUCUUUAUCUUUCAUUUGAUUUAUUAAGGACAGGGCAAGACGCGUAAUUUCUAGUAGUGAAAUCAAAUCCAAUGCUCUUGCAACAUCAUAUAGUUGUUUCCUUCUCAAGAAGAAAUGUACUCUCUUAUUUAUCGAAAUAGGUCGCCAAAUCUGGGAUUUCAAUAAGACUAUGAAACUGUAACCCUUUUAAAUAAUUCUAUGAUAUAUAUUGUAAAAGUAAGCACGAAUCAAAUUUCCACCUGACGUGUUUAACAUUUAAAAGCUUUUACAUUGUUUUGAAAGCAUAUUUGUAUAACAAAAUGAAACGGAACUAUAUGCAGUCGCGGAUGAUUACUAAAAAUCUUAUACCACAAUAGUCUUUUUCUUAAUUUGCAACGGAGUGUAAUCUGCAGAGUUCAAGACAAGCUUCAUCCCAUAACAUGCUCCGCUGAGGUUAAUACUGAAAUGUCUCAGAUGGGACUCUAAACGAGAGCUUGGCUACCUAUGAGAUAGGUUAUGUCUGCGAGUGAUAUCAUGUUGACUAAAACCAAUGAAACUCAAAGAUCACAGGUACCUUGUCAGUGCUAAAAUUAAUUCACUCAAUCUGGUGUCUAUAUUGGCAUGGAUAGUGUUCUUUAUACUGAUGAAAACUAUUAUUCGUGAUAUGCCAUAAUUUUAAGUGAAACCAAUUUAGGUGUCUGUUCUUACUCAUUAAUUUGUUGAGAAACAUUGAGUAAAUUGUUAUAAAAUUUAGCAACGUGAGUCAUACUAUUUUAAUGAAACCAUCACACAUUCAUAUAUCUCAGAUAAAAAUCUAAAAUAAUGACAUGUGCUUUGAGUAUUUUGUCAAAAUGAAUCUUGAAAUAAAUGUGUAUAUAUACAACAUCUAAAUUUGCAAAAUUUUAUAACAUAUUACAUAAAGUUAUAAAAUUUAGCACUGUGACUCAUACUAUUUUAAUUAAACCAUUACACAUUCAGAUAUGUAUAUCUGAAUAAAGUCUAAAAUAAUGACAUGUGUUUUGAGCAUUUUGUCAAAAUGAAUCUUGAAAUAAAUGUGUAUAUAUACAACAUCGAUGUAAAUAGAAUGAUAAUGAGAUAGUUAUUUUUAAAUAGAUAUUGUCACGUUUUGAUGCUUCAAGGCAAAAAUUUGCAAUGCAAUUUUAUAAUUUUUGCGUAUGGUUCGAAUGUAAAAACCUAAACCUAACCUAUUUUUUCUCACUAAUUGUGUAAAAUCACACAUGUAUGUAAUUAAGAUGUUAUAUUAAUAUAUAUAUAGAAAAAAAAUACAUGAUAUGUAUUCUUUGGAUGAGUAUUUCUAGUCAAAAGAAAAAGGUAUUCGUACCUUGUACUCUGUGUAAAUAGAAAAUUUUUUGUAUAUUGAUUGUCUAUUUAUUGCAUAUCUACUUAAUAUAUAGAAAGUUCAGAUGCCAAAUUAUAUAUAAAGUUUGUCAUUAGUGUUGCUUAUCUAGCCUCAAAACAGUAUCGAGGUUAGUUCGUACCAUUUUUUUUAGAUGCUUCUUAUUUCAUAAGUGCGGCGAAUUUAAAAUCAACACAUAAAGAAUUGACCUAGAGAUAGGCAGGUCAGGCUAUUAACCAAGCACACUCAUCAUUAUACAUAUACUAUAUAAGAUUAUUACACAGAAGGAAAUAAAUAAAUAAUUUUUAAUUAAAGAACCAGAGGUAUUAAUCAAAAUAUUUGAAAAUAGAAACAUUUUUACUUAAUAUCAAAUAAAAAAUAAGUAAUAGAACUAAAAAUUAAAUUUUUAUAAAAAAAAAUAAUGUAAUUUUAAUAAUUAUUAUUUAAAUAAAUUAAGUCUAGUCAUAGAAUUCUUUAUUAAAUCUAUUUAAUUGAAUUUCUAUGGAUAUGAAAUAUUUGUUACUUAUUUUACAUGUUUUUCUAUUGAAUAUCUGUACAUAUUUAUUCUAUUUGUUUUAGAGAAUAUGAAAAUUGUUGUAUUAUAGUAUAAUUUUUGUUCAACAAGACAUUUCACCUUUAUUUAUUGUCUCCUUUUUUGCAACAGUGAUGUAUUUUUUUAUAAAUAAUAAAAACAUAAAUUUUUGAAA